UCCAAGCUUAUUGGAGCCGAGUUUCAGCAAUUAUCUGUACAUGUCAAUUAUCAUUCGUGCCUUUGUUUCUGGUAUUCCCUUUGGCCUUGUUCUUAUUGCAUUUCCUUUUUUGAUGAUCUUUAAUCCUCAUAUUCAUGUUCAUCUAUAGCAUUAAGCAUAUACAAGCUUGUUUAAUGGUUAAUUUCAUGUUUUUUCUAAUGAUUUCCAUUUUCAUUUCUCUUUUUAUCGCCUCUGAUUUCAUGGAGGAUAUUGUUUAUCGAUUUCCAGAUAAACUCUUUGGUGCUUUUCGUUCGAGUUUAGAAGACUAUUUUGCUGAACCAUUUCUACUGUUCACAGUUCAACAAUAACAGGGUUCUUGAUUAAGGCUCAGGACUUUAUUCACUCCAGGUUUCUGUUUAAACCUUAAACAAGGAUCUUUGGCUUUGUACAUAUAAUUCAUUAAUGGCUACUUCUGAGGCUCUUAUGCAAACUUUCUUUGGCACGGUACCGCAUUGUCUUAGUUCAACUACCUAUUUAAGCAAAUUAGAUUUAUCCGCCUUUCCUAAAUCUCGUAGAAUAUGUGUUCUGAAAAGGGGUUUAAGAUGUGCUCAAGCUGUGAAAUUUACCAAUAUGCAAAAGGUUAAAAUGGGAUUUGGAUAUCUAAGAGGGCGACGCUGCUUGUAUGGAACUGCAAUGCGUGGUGGGCAAUGUAAGUCUGUUGUCUUCUGCGUUGAACCUGCUGAGAGCGUUAAAGGUUCAGCUGAUGUGGAUGUUAAUGGUACUUGGUAUCUUGAUAAUGCAAAGGAGCUUCAUACAGUUAAUACUGUGAUGAAUGGGUCAAAUUCAAUGGAAGAUGUGCAGCCGUUAUGCAGUGAAGUAUCGGCAGAGAGCAAACACGAUGCGAGUUACAAUGUGAGCAUCGACCCUAUUGAGGAGGAAGCAUGGGAGCUUUUAAGAGAAUCUGUUGUCAGCUACUGUGGUAGUCCAGUAGGAACAAUUGCUGCUAGAGACCCUACAAGUUCGGAUGCCUUGAAUUAUGAUCAGGUCUUUAUUCGUGAUUUUAUUCCUUCUGGAAUAGCUUUUCUUCUGAAAGGGGAGUAUGAUAUCGUGCGUAACUUCAUCCUACACACACUUCAGUUGCAGAGCUGGGAGAAAACAAUGGAUUGUCAUAGUCCUGGUCAAGGAUUGAUGCCCGCUAGUUUCAAGGUUCGCACUGUUCCUUUGGAUGGUGAUGAUACUGCAACAGAAGAGAUUUUAGAUCCUGAUUUUGGAGAGGCAGCUAUUGGACGCGUCGCACCUGUUGAUUCUGGGCUUUGGUGGAUUAUACUAUUGCGUGCCUAUGGAAAAUGCUCCGGAGAUCUGUCUCUUCAAGAAAGAAUUGAUGUUCAGACUGGAAUUAAGAUGAUCUUAAGAUUAUGUCUUGCAGAUGGUUUUGAUAUGUUUCCAACCUUGUUAGUCACAGAUGGUUCAUGUAUGAUAGAUCGUCGGAUGGGAAUUCAUGGACAUCCUUUAGAAAUACAGGCAUUGUUUUAUUCUGCGUUACUUUGCGCUCGUGAAAUGCUUGCUCCAGAGGAUGGAUCAGCAGAUCUUGUACGUGCAUUGAAUAAUCGUUUGGUAGCAUUAUCAUUUCACAUCCGAGAAUAUUAUUGGAUUGAUAUGAAGAAAUUGAAUGAGAUUUAUCGUUACAAGACUGAAGAAUACUCUUUUGAUGCUGUGAACAAAUUUAAUAUAUACCCUGAUCAGAUUUCUCCUUGGCUGGUUGAAUGGAUGCCCAAAAAAGGAGGUUAUCUGAUUGGUAACUUGCAACCAGCACAUAUGGAUUUUCGGUUUUUUUCUUUAGGUAAUCUUUGGUCUGUGGUAAGUGGCCUUGCUACGACCGAUCAGUCCCAUGCGAUUUUGGACCUCAUUGAAGCCAAGUGGAAAGAUCUUGUGGCUGACAUGCCUUUGAAGAUCUGUUAUCCUGCUCUUGAAGGUCAGGAAUGGCAAAUUAUCACUGGUUGUGAUCCCAAAAACACGCCCUGGUCCUAUCACAAUGCUGGCUCCUGGCCAACAUUGCUUUGGCAGCUCACCGUUGCAUGUAUGAAAAUGAAUAGACCAGAAAUAGCAAUGGCAGCCGUUCAAGUAGCCGAGCAACGCUUAUCACAGGAUAAAUGGCCUGAAUAUUAUGACACAAAAAGAGCAAGGUUUAUCGGUAAACAAGCCCGGUUGUUCCAGACAUGGUCGAUUGCAGGAUACCUUGUUGCUAAGCUACUCAUCGCUGACCCUAAUGCAGCUAAGGUGCUUAUAACGGAUGAGGAUUCUGAACUUCACAACGCCAUCACGUGCAUGGUUGGUUCUAACCCAAGAAGAAACCGCGGCCCAAAAAGUGCAAAGAAGACGUACAUUGUAUGAUACAAGAUUAUUUAUCAUCUUGCAAGUUUUUUUUUACAGUGCUAGAUGUUCUGCACAUUGCCAAGACAUCAACUACGAUACCUGCUGGUGAAAUACAGAGGCGUUCACAGUUUUUUGUGUUGAAUUGUCCUUUACUCCAUCGAUUUCAUUUGGUUUCCGAGUUUUAUCCAUUAUUACUCGGCCGUCCUGCUUGUGGAUGGUACGAUUCAUUAAAUAUGAGUAUAUAACUGGGGCAUAUUCCCAGAUUACCUGUAAUUAUGUGUAGAUUUGGAUGUGCAAUCCAGAGGAUAUACAUGGUUUUUUGUAAACAUGUUCUGCUAUACAUUUUCUGGGCAAUGUUGAAUUGAGUUGGUACAUCACCAACUUAACAAGAUUUUCUUUGAUAUUUUAGUCGACGAAAUACCCUAUUUUUCUGCA